GAAAACUAACAAUUGCGGUGGUGCAACUCCACCAAUUCCAGCCACGGAAUCGAACGCACAUGGCCUCCUUCAGCUGACUUCCUGCUGUUACGUGGUCGCUUAACGUUUCUCCUGGUAUUUUCUGGACAGAUGCAGAAUCUUGGCAAUAACUGGACAAACAUAUCUUAUAACCAAGUUUACAGGAGUCUGAGGAACGUGAAGAUUAAGGAGAGAGGCAUGUGUUCAAACUUACCAGACUCUGUAACUGAACUUGUCACUGAAGAUGGGUGCAAGGUCUACCUGGUUGGCACAAUACACUACAGUAGAAAUAGCAUAAUGGAUGUAAAACAGGUUAUCCAGAUGGUGCAACCAGACGCUGUGGUGGUAGAACUUUGUAAACUGAGAGAGUCGCUUUUAACAUUAGAUGAGCGGAUCUUAGAAGAAGCAAACAAGCUGGACUUCAACACAAUACUAGCAUUAAUGAAACAGCUUGGCGUGUGGUCUGCUCUCUGGUUAAUUCUGUUACUGAAGUUCUCAGCCAUUCUAACUGAACAGCUGGACAUUUUACCGGGUGGAGAAUUCAGGCAGGCUUACAGAGAGGCUCAGAAGAUCCCAUUUUGUCAAAUCUACCUUGGAGACCGGCCAUUCCUGAUCACUUUGAAAAGAUUGACUGCUGCAGUUUCUGCCUGGGAUCUAGUGAAAGCGCUAAUUGGAGUGAGCUUCAUUUCCCAGCCUACUGCUAUUCGUCAAGAAGUUGUUCAGCAGAUAAAGGAAAAUCAUGAUUUCAGUCAAGAUCUCAAACUGAUGAAGGCAGAGACUCCUGCAUUGUAUCGUACUUUUGUAGUGGAACGGGACAUCUGCUUAACUCAGUCACUAAAGGAUGUAGCUAAACCCAUUUUAUUACCUAAAAUCUCACCGUCUGAACCACAACAGGUUAUACCAUCGGUUGUGGUCGGGGUGGUUGGAUGUGCCCAUGUGCCUGGAAUAAAGAAAUACUGGAACAAGCAAUUAAAUACUCAAGAAUUGUUCAGGCUACCAGACCCUUCUUUACUGAGCAGAAUCUUCCAGAUUACCUCUGUGGUUGCUGUAUAUGGAUUGAAGACUUACUUCUACUACAAAAUAGCACAAAUAGUGAUUUGGUUGUUUGCUUAAACUUAUAAGUGUUUCAACAUGGUCUAUUGCAGAUGUACGGACUUAUAGAUCAUGAACCUAUUGCACUCUUCAUGGUGUAUCCUUUCUAUGAAAGCAAAUUAUUGAUUUAUCAUGCAAACGCGAGGAGUUCUGCAGAUGCUGGAAAUUCAAGCAACACACACAAGAUGCUGGUGGAACGCAGCAGGCC